AUGGAGAUUCAUAAAUCUAAAAAGAGAGAAGAUCUAAAUAAAGUGAUUUUAGAGGUUUGUCAGCCCACUGAAAUUGCAGAAACAGAUACAGCACAACAAGAAGACUUGACUUUAACUUCUGCAAUAACUACCAAGUCUGAGGUGGUGACUCCUAGCGGUUCAGUAUGUAAAGUGCGAUUUUCAGAUUCUACUGAACACCAUGUAAUUGAGUAUACGGUUUCUGAAGAAUCAGAUUUCCAGGAAGAGAAAGAUGAAAGGGAACAAAAAGAAGAAAAGAAGCAAAUACCUAAUUAUCUGAGGAAAAAUUUUGAGAACCGUAUUCCAUAUGACCCAACAGUACCAAAGGAUGACAAUGCUAUAAGACAUAUUUUAAGACUAAGAGAGAAGCUGAAUUGGAAAACUGAAUUAACAGCACGUGGAUUUGAAGUAAAAAAAACUAAAGAGAUACAUCUGAAGACUCCAUUUAUGGAAUCAGUACAUAUUAAAGAUGAUGGAGAAUAUGUAUAUGGACUUCUCAGAAACAGAAACAAUUGCCAAGCUCUUUAUAACCCAUAUGAUAUUCAAGUGGUUUCUACAAAUGAAGCUAGAAGCUGCCAAGUUUUUUGGGUUAUUACAGCGUCAUUUGUCUCAAAGGUUACUCGAGUAGGUAAGACAGAAGAAGUAGAAAUGACACCUGUCUUGGAAUGGCUUGUGGAAAGAAAUCACUUCAUAGCAUUUCGUAAAAUUUCUUUCUUUUCCAAAUUCCGAAUAAGAAAAUCAUUUAUCACCUGGAAAAACAAUGUUCAAAGAAGUAAAACAGACAAGAGCAAAUUGAUAUUGUACAAGCAACUUUUUUGGGCUGAUAAAUUAUUUCAAAGAUGUUUGCUUCAAGUACGGAACCUUUGUGAAAAUGCAAGUGACCUCAAAAAAGGCAAAUUCUUUGAGGAUAAUCCCUCUUCAAUCCUUCUGGUUAAACUGGACCGAUACCAGACAUACUCUUUAGAUGAGUUUUGUGAGGAGCAGUUACAACAGACUGCCCAAGCACUAAAACAGCUGGAAGAACUUAAGGAGAAAAUCAUUUCAGUGAUUAAAAGUACAUUUUUACAGGUUGCAGAAAGGAAGGGAAUAAAAAGUUGUUUUGAGCAUGAACCACUUGAAAACAAGCUAGAACAUCUUAAGGCACCUGUGCAUCGUCGUAUGAUAGAAAAAUUUUCAAGAUUUCUUAAAUUAGUUGACCACAUGUUCCAAGAACUGAUCCGACAGCUGGUGCAGACUGCAAUCAAACUAUUUUUGGAUUUACUUAUUAAAUCUAGCAAAGUGGGAUGUUCAGAAGAAAAAAAGAACAAAGACCUCAUAAAGGCAACGAAGGACACCAUAUUGUUUAAAGUGCCAGAAGUUACAGAUGAUAAGAAAGAAAAUUGUGAUUCAUUAACUGAUAUCAAAGUUUCACUAGAUGAUAUUACAAAGAUGUCUAAGAAUCUCAGUUUGAAAAAAGAAUCAAGGAGGCAAAAUGAGGCAGUAUUUGAAGUACAUAUACAUUUGAAAGUUCCUCGAAAAACUUUUUAUACAGAGGAUGGUUCAUUUGAGAGUGCUCCAGAUUCCCUAUUUGAGCGUGACAGUUUUCAACGCAAACUUUCAGAACCUUUGGAUGAAAUGAAACUAGAUAAUCCAUUCGAUGUUUCCAUCAAAACAUUAGAUGCACUAUUUUCCAGAAUUCCCAGAAGAAAACCUAAAUUACGAUCUAACAUUGAAGAAAAACUUUCUGAAGAAAAAUCUUCAGUGGACCAAGAAGACGACUAUGUAACGAAAUACAUAGAAGUUCCAGAAUUCCAUGCAAAUCUCUUCCUAACUCCCAACAGAUUGGAAUUUUCCAAGAAAAUUCAGGAAGUGAUAAAUAAUUUUGAAAAAUCUCUAACUCAUUUUAUUCCUUUCAGUCAAGAUCAGCGCCUGUUUAUCUUUUUCUUUGAUCCUAUGACUAUGCAAGUGCCUAGUGAACAAGAAUUGGAGAGACAGAAAAUGCUGACAAAAUGGCCAGAUUACUCUGUCCUGUUUGAAAUGGAUCCUGCCUACCAAAGCAAUAUUGUGAACCUUCUGACCAUUGUUGGUAAUUCAAUGGCACGAGUUGAAUGUUAUAGCCACCAAUUUCUUCAAUUUUGUACCAUGGUAGAACAAGCGAAGGCAAUGGCAUAUAAAAUAUCAAGACUACAAGAACAAUUAACCUCAAGUGAUUUUAAAGAUAUCUUGGACGUAUACACAGACUAUUUUAGAGAUGUUGUUUAUAUGGCUGUUGAAAAACGUAUUAAUAUUAUCAAGGUUGUAAGUCUUGAAUAUCAGUCAAGUUGCUUACCCUAUAUUGAAAAUGUCAUUAAAAUGAGCCAUACAUUGCUGGAGUCCAUGAUUCAAGAAAAGAAUACAAGCCUCUUUGCAGUUAUCCAGUCAUCGCUGUUAAAGCUUGACAGUGAACUCACAGGUGUGGAAGAAUUCAUGGAACACUUGAUUUUCUUAGAUUAUAUUUCUUCAAAAAUGCCUUCACUAGAUAGAGAAUAUUAUAUUGUCUCCCAAAUGUAUUCAAUCACGAAACACUACAAUGUCAAUAUUUCACCAGAGCAAGUUGCACUGCUUCAGGUCCUUCUUUUCAAAUAUAAUCAACUUAAAUCAGCUUUUAAAUUUCAUGAAGCAAAUAAGGAUAACGCUUUUAUUAAAUUUAAGUCAAAUUUGGAUGAGUAUGUGCUCACUCUGCAAAAUGAAGUUAGAGACCUGAGGGGCAAGGUAAGAAACCCUGUUCUUACACAUCCCGCUACUAGGCCAGUAACUGCCUUGGAAAUUAUUGAGACCCUCUCAAAAGAAGCUUCGGUUCUAUCCAACAAAGCUCAGACUUAUUCAAAUUAUCAAGAUCGUUUUGAGAGUUCUACUGCAAUGAAAACUGUAGCUUUAGAGCGGAAUAUUGCACACACUGUGAUGUCAGAGAUCUCAGAAAUUGAAUGUGACUUAACUUUGAGGAAAAUAUUAUGGGAAACGCAAGUGGAAUGGGGGAAUCUGUCUCAUGUGUGGAAGAACAGCAUUUUUGCCAAUAUUAAUGUAGAUUUCAUCCAGAAGAGUGUCACAAGAUGGAUGCGUAUGAUUUAUAUGCUAGAUAAAGGUUUACCAAAAAAUUCUAUGGUAAAAACUCUUAAGCAAUCAGUAAUGGAUUUUAAACAAGGCUUGCCUACUAUCGUCGCCUUGGUAAAUCCUUGUCUUAAAAUUCGGCAUUGGGAGGCGAUACAGGUGAUUAUCGGGCAGGCGCUUACUUUGGAUAGACAGAGCACGGUAAAGCAAUUUCUGGAGCUUGAGUUGUAUCGCUACGAAGAAAAAAUCAUUGAAAUAUCAGCAAUAGCAACGAAUGAAGCUGCUCUGGAAAAAAUGCUGUUUAAGAUUAUUGAGCUGUGGAGCAAUACUCCCUUACGUUUGACUCCCCAUCAGACAGAUGCUUUCACGAUCCUUAUUCUUUCAUCCAUAGAUGAUAUAUUAGCUCAGUUAGAGGAGUCUCAAGUUAUAAUUGCAACAAUUAAAGGAUCUCCCUAUCUCGGGGCAAUGAAGUCUCUUGCAGAUGACUGGGACCAGAAAUUGGAACUUUUCUCUCACACUUUGGAUGAGUGGAUGACAUGUCAAAGAAACUGGCUUUAUCUUGAACCCAUUUUUCUUGCUCCUGAAAUACGAAGGCAGCUUUCAGCAGAAGCAAAGCUUUUUGCUGACGUGACUUCUAUAUGGAAAGAUAUAACGUCAAGAGUAGACAAUAAACCUGAGGCUCUGAAAAUAGUCAUAUCAGUAGGAAUCCUUGAAAUGUUGCAAGCAACCAGUGUGUAUCUUGAAAAAAUAAAGAGAAGUCUUGAGGAAUAUCUUGAAGUGAAGAGAAUGAUUUUCCCAAGAUUUUACUUUCUUAGCAAUGCUGAACUCAUUGACAUUCUGGCUGAAAGCAAAAAUCCCGAGGCUAUCCAGCCUCAUCUUAUGAAAUGUUUUGAGAACAUAAGACAGUUGUUUAUAUGGAAAAAAGAAAUAGGCCCUCCUCUGGUCACGUCACUUAUAUCAGCUGAAGGCGAAACACUUCUUCUGCCAAAGAAAGUUCAUGUAAGAACUGCUGUAGAACAAUGGCUGGUAAAUGUGGAGAAGAACAUGUUUGAUAUGGUAAAGAUGUUUAUAAACAAAGGAAUUAAUGAAUGGGACCAGGAAAAUUUUAGAGAAUGGAUACAGACUCAUCCAGGACAAGUGGUGCUUGUUGUGAGCCAAAUAAUGUUUAAUAUGAACUGCACUGAAAGUUUUAAGAGUUCUGAGCCAGCCUUGACAUUGAAAGAAGUCCUUGAGAAACUGAUAGGCUUCCUAGGACAACUUGCAGACCUAGUGGUGUGUGACACUCUUCAUUUUCGAAUAAAAAUUACCCUAGAGGCAUUGCUUACCAUUUAUGUUCACUGCAGAGAUGUAUUGACAGAUUUGCUAAACCAAAAUAUCUUUGAAGAAGAUAAUUUUGAAUGGACAAGGCAACUUCGUUAUAAAUGGGAUGACAGCCUGAAGACAUGCUUUGUAUUUCAAGGACAUGCAACUUUUACCUAUGGCUUUGAGUACUUGGGCUGCACCUCCAGGUUGGUUAUUACACCUCUCACAGACCGAUGCAGGUUAACCCUCACUAGUGCACUCCACUUGAAUCUUGGAGGCUGUCCUGCUGGUCCAGCAGGCACAGGGAAAACAGAGACUGUCAAAGACCUGGCAAAAGCCUUGGGCAAACAUUGUGUGGUCUUCAAUUGUUUUGAAGAUUUGGAUUAUAAGAUGAUAGGAAAAUUCUUCUUUGGAAUAGUUCAAUCUGGAGCAUGGUGUUGCUUUGAUGAGUUCAAUCGAAUUGAUAUGGAAGUACUUUCCGUGAUUGCCUCACAGAUGCAAACAAUUAAGGCAGCCAAAGAUAAUCAUUCUCACCGGUUUUUACUAGAAGGAAAAGAUAUCCGAAUCAACCUGUCCUGUGCAGUCUUUGUCACCUUGAAUCCUGGAUAUAAAGGACGUGUGGAACUCCCAGAUAACUUAAAAUCUCUGUUUCGGCCAGUGGUGAUGAUGGUACCCCACUAUCAAUUGAUUGCUGAAAUAAUGCUGUUUGCAGCAGGUUUCAAAUCUGCAAAACCACUGUCAGCCAAACUCAUUAACCUUUAUGAACUAGCUAUCAAGCAACUUUCAUACCAGGAUCAUUAUGACUUUGGCAUGAGAGCAAUAAAGACAGUGCUAAUCAUGGCUGAUCGAAAGAAAAGGGAGUACAGAAUGAACACCAAUGAAGAGCUUUCUGAAGAUGAAGAAGUUCUGGUCAUUAUAUGGGCAGUGAGAGAAGCUAGUUUACCCAAGUUUCUUCCUGAAGAUGUUCCACUUUUUGAAAGCAUUCUGGGAGAUAUCUUCCCCAAAGUUACAGUUCCAGAUGUGAAGCAGCCUAACUUGGAGAAAGCAAUAGACAUGGCAACCCAACAACUGGGCUUACAGCCUUGGCCAUCUCAGAAAAAGAAGGUUAUAGAGUUUUAUAAUCAAGUCCAGGCUUGUAUUGGUGUGAUGUUAGUAGGCCCCACAGGAGGAGGGAAGACUACAAUAAGAAAAAUUUUAGAAAAAGCUUUAAUUGUUUUACCAACUUUAAGCACAUCUAGACCUGCAAAACAGGAAGGGACUCCACAGGUCACAGGAAAAAGAGGGAAAAUAGAGAUUUUCACUUUAAAUCCAAAGUGCAUUACUCUUGGUGAACUCUAUGGCCAAAUGGAUCUGAACAGUAUGGAAUGGUCUGAUGGAUUAUUGUCAUCAUCAGUGAGAAAAUUUGUACAUUAUGGCACUAAAAAGAAAACAAAGAAGGAUAUAGAGACUGAAGCAAAUUUACACAUUUCAGAUUUCUCUGGUAUUUUCAUGCUUGAUCCUAAUAAAAGAGAAGAGUUUACUCAAGAUGAAGAUGAGGAUGAGGAUGAAACAGAGAAAGAUGAAAACCAGAGUAUGACAAUUACAGAUUGGCAGUGGAUAGUGUUUGAUGGUCCAGUUGACACCAUAUGGAUAGAAAACCUAAACACUGUGCUAGAUGACAGCAAAACUUUGUGCCUUGCUAACAGUGAGAGAAUCAUUUUAACUGAUAGCAUAAGGAUGAUUUUUGAAGUGGAUAAUCUCUCUCAGGCCAGCCCGGCUACUAUCACUCGAUGUGCAAUGGUCUAUGUGGAUCCUGCUGAUCUAGGAUGGGAGCCAUAUGUUAAGACAUGGCUUGUAAAAGUUUCAAACCUUCUCCCACAGCAUGGCGUAGAAAAUCUUGAACGAAUGUUUAAAAAAAGUGUGGAAGAAGGUCUACACUUUUUAAGGACGCAUAAUAGUACACAGCCUUUUUCUGUACAUGAGAUACCAAUUUUAAUAAAUCUCUGCAGAAUUCUCGAUGCUUAUUUUAGUUUCAUGGAAAGCAACGGAAUUUUUGGGAAAUCAUCCCUGGGGGAAGGGGUGCCUCUCCCCCAGUGCAGGAUAAGAGAAGGCCUCCCCACUAUUCUGCCCUUGGGCACUGCAGGCAGUUAUGGUCUUAUGCCAAGAAACAAGGUAGGGGAUGGUCUCUUAACUGGAAACAUAGAGAAAGCUAAAGCAUAUGGGGAGGGAGCGGGGUGGGAGAAGCAAAACUCUCACCAAAAGGAAAGAAAGAAGAAGCCAAAGUGGUUUCUUCAGAGAAAUCCUGAAAAAUUAUGCUUAAUGCUUGAUAAGAUUUUUGUGUUUGCAUUUACUUGGUCCUUUGGAGGAACUUUAAAACGUGAAGAUGAACAUGAAGAUGAUGUCCUGUUUGGCUCAGAGCAUGGAUUUGCAGCUCUCCGGAAAACAACUUAUGACUUUGACAACCUCAUUCAUGAAUUGUUUGAAGGAGAUCCACCAUACGGCAUCCGCUUGCCAGGAGGAGAUCGUUCUAUCUUUGGUUAUUUUGUGGACUUACAGAAUUGUGAUUUCAUACCUUGGUCAAACUUAAUUCCUACUUCAGAUUGUUUAACUGAAAGAAAUUUAUACUGCUCUGGUUCUCGAACAUCCCUGGAUAAUAUAAUCAAAUAUAAUGAAAAUAUAGAGUUUAAUCAUCAUUUUGCUACUAGAGAUACAAUAUCUUUCUCCUUUUUGAUGAGUCUUUUUAUAAAGAACAAAUAUCCUAUACUAAUUGCAGGAGAGACUGGUGUUGGGAAGACUGCUGUCAUUAACCAAAUGCUUAAGAGACUUCAGGGCCCAGGGGGAUUACAGAUAAAACUUGGAUCUAUUUUAGGAGAUGUUUUUUUGUAUAAAAGAAUGAAAAAAUCAAGGUUGUAUAUGUUAAACUCUAACCUUGCAUCUCCAAUUCAAUCUUCCUUUGGACAAAACUAUCAUUGGUCUGAAAAGCAAGAAAGUGAAGAAAUUCAAACCACACUGGCAAAAACCAUUAUUGUGUCCACAAUAAAAUUUAGCGCCAAUACAACUGCUGGCAAAACUCAGGAGUUGAUUCUUAAGAAAUUAAUACGAAAAAGUAAAGACAUUCAUGGAGCUCCAAAACACAGCCGGGUGAUAAUAUUUAUUGAUGAUCUGAAUUCACCAGUGCCAGAGGAGUAUGGGGCACAACCACCCCUGGAAUUGGUCAGACAAUUAUUAGAUUUAGAAGGGUUUUAUAAUACCGAACAACUUGCAUGGAAGAAUAUUCAAGAUAUCUCUCUGGUUGCAGCUUGUGGCAUUCCACUUGGUGGAAAAAGUGAUAUCAGUCCGCGUCUUCUCAAACAUUUUUUCAUACUGGUAAUGCCUCAUCCUCCACAACAUGCCUUAUUCACUAUUCUUCAGGCUCAUCUGGGAAUACACUUACACAACAAUUCCUUCCUCUCUGAUGUUCAGAAGUGCAGGCAGCAAUUGGCAGCACUUUCCCUCUCUGUCUACUAUCACAUAUGUCACAAUCUGUUACCAACCCCAGCUAAGUGUCACUACAUGUUUAGUCUUCGAGAUCUAUUUAAGCUACUCCGUGGAUUAUUACAAGCUAACAAGUCAGUUGUUGUGUCUAAAGAAACUGCUGCUCUAUUCUUUGUACAUGAAGCAACCCGUGUAUUUCAUGAUCGCUUAGUUGAUGCUGAGGAAAGAGAAUAUUUUUUCCAGCUUCUUUCAAGUGAACUAGACCUUUAUUUUGAGAUUUUAUGGCCCACAGACAAAAUAAUGAAUGAUUUACCUUUGUAUGUGGAUUUUUUGGAUAUAAACAAACCUCAUAAGAGAAGGAUCUAUCAGAACUGUAAUAACCAGAAAAAACUUGCAGAUAUACUUUCUGAAUUCCAGCUAUCAUUGGGCUCAACUGGUUUUGAGCUUUCAAAUUCAAUGGUGUUCUUCAAGGAAGCCACGGAACAUGUUUGCAGAGCUGCAAGAGUCCUUCGACAGCCAGGGUGCCACAUGAUCCUGAUUGGAAUAGAAGGAUGUGGAAAAGAAACAUGUGCCACCCUUGCCUGUUAUUUGGGAGACUGCAAACUCUACAGAUUAUCCACAGCUCGUACUUAUGGCCACCUGGAAUUCAGAGAAGACUUAAAACAAGUCUUUCUACAGACAGGACUAGAAGGAAAACCCACUGUUUUGCUUAUUCUUGAUACAAAUCUAACUCAGGAGUCUGUUUUAGAAGAUUUGAACUCCAUUCUCAAUUCAGGAGUUCUGCCUGAUGUAUUUGAAAAUGAAGAGUUGGAUAAUAUAGCAGCAGGUCUCAAAAAUCUUGAUGAAGAAGCCAGUUGUGGUGAUAGCCGACAAGCUCUGCUUCUGUUCUUCCAAAAGAGAAUUGCAAGAAAUCUUCAUAUUUUUAUGACUGUAAGUCCCGCAGGGCCCAAUUUCCGCCGAAAUUGUCGAGCAUACCCGGCCUUGAUUACUUGCAGCACAGUCGAUUGGUACGAGAAAUGGCCAGAAGAAGCUCUUUUUACUGUAGCAGUGACUCAUUUAAAGCAAAAACAUGUCCUGGACACCAAAGAGGAUUUAAUACCUACACUCGCCCAAACAUGUGUUCAGUUCCACCGUAGAAUUGCUGAUAUUAAUAUCAAAUUUUGGGAGGAAACUAAAAGACAUUAUUAUAUCACUCCAAGUAGCUAUCUGCACUUCAUAGAUACCUUUACACACAUCUUGAAAUCAAGGGAAAGGAAAAUGAUGAUCAAAAGGGAACGUUUAAAUAACGGCCUCUCAAAGAUUCUGGAAGCAUCAACACUAGUUUCGAAAAUGCAUGAAGAGCUUCUCAUCCUCGGUUCUCAAAUAGAACAAAAAACUAAGGAAACAGAGAUUCUCAUGGAAAAAUUACAGAAAGAUUCACAAAUUGUGCAGCAAGUACAGAUCCUUGUAAAAGGGGAUGAAGAACUGAUGGUUAAGGAAAUGCAAAUUGUAGAAGAGUAUUCUGAGAAAACACAAGAAGAGCUAAGUAAUGUGAUACCAGCUUUUGAAGAGGCAAUUACAGCUCUGAAUGCCCUAGAUAAAACUGACAUAUCUGAAUUAAGAGUGUAUACACAUCCGCCCCAUCUGGUCCUGACGAUCAUGAAUGCGGUCUGUGUCCUUCUGGAAAAGACACCUAACUGGGCAACUGCAAAACUACUCCUUGCAGAUCCUGGAUUCCUCAAAAAAUUGACUAACCUGGACAAGGACAGUAUACCUGAAAAGGCAUUUGUAAGACUGAAAAGAUAUUUAAAUUUACCUGAUUUCAACCCAACAAAGAUUUCUCAAGUGUCUGUUGCCUGUUGCUCCAUGUGCCAGUGGGUAAUAGCUUUAAAUAACUACCAUGAAGUACGGAAGAUGUUGCAACCAAAACAACGCCAAGUGGCUGAGGCUGAAAAAAUACUCCAACUUGGUCGGGAAAAGCUGGCAGAAAAACAAAAGGGUUUAGAAUUGAUCGAAGAACAUCUGCAAUCUUUACAACUUGCCUACAAUGGCAGUGUUGCUGAAAAAGAAUUCUUAGCAGAUCGGAGACAGCUGACAACUAAACGCUUACAUAGUGCCUCCAUUUUACUAACAGCUCUGGAAGAUGAGGGGAGUCGAUGGGAAGAAACAGUAAACUUACUAGACCAACGGUUAGAAGGAAUUGUGGGUGAUAUACUUAUUUCAGCAGCAUGCAUCGUCUACUUUGGAGUGUUCCCAACUGAGUACCGCAAAUUAAUUGUAAAUGAAUGGGAAAAGAUCUGUACUGAAAAUAAUAUUUCUAAAUCUGCCAACUUUUCCUUAAUUGACGUCAUGGGGAACCAGCAUGAGAUGCGCCAGUGGCAUAAUCAAGGUUUGCCCCUUGGUCAGUAUUCAACAGAAAAUGCCAUUUUGGUUAAGAAUGGACUAAUGUGGCCUCUGCUAAUUGAUCCGCAUAAACAAGCCUACAAUUGGCUACGUCAGAUGGAAGGUGGCCGACUGCAGGAGCUUAAUAUUGGUGAAACUAAUUAUGUUACAGUAAUUGAAAAUGCCAUGAAAACUGGAGGAUGUGUUCUUUUAAAGAAUCUUCCUGAAACAUUAGAUCCAAGUUUAAAAUCGAUCUUAAAAAGGGACAUCUAUCAGAAAAGAGGACAACCUUUUGUCAAGAUUGACGAAAACGGGGUUGAAUACAACAACAACUUUAGGUUAUAUGUAACAACAGAACUAGGCAACCCACACUUUCUUCCACCAGUUUAUAAUUAUGUUACCAUGAUCAACUUCACGGUGACAUUCCAAGGUUUGCAGGACCAGCUUUUAUCCACCGUCGUGGUUCAUGAAGUCCCUCAGCUAGAGGAUCAACGCUACGAGUUGAUAGAGAAUAUUUCUGCUGACCUUUUAACCCUCCGGGAACUAGAGGAAAAAUCAUUGAGUUUAUUGCAGAAAUCACAAGGAUGUAUAUUAGAUGAUGAAGCCAUUAUAGAUAAUUUAAAAAAAUCCAAACUGACAUCCACCGAAGUUUCAGAACGCAUCAAGGCAGCAGAAAAAACUGAAAGUGAAUUUCAGAUGACCCGCAAAAACUAUCUUCCCAUUGCAACGCGAGGUGCCUUGCUAUAUUUUUUAGUAGCAGAUCUGGCACAGAUCAACUAUAUGUACCAAUUUUCUCUAGACUGGUUCCGGGAGAUGUUUGUGAUGUCUGUAACCUACAAAUCUGAUGAUGUUGAAGAAACAGCUCAGUUUGCUUCAGUUUUAAGAAACGUGCAAGUAUUUGAGAAACUGCGGAAGUACCAAGACAAUAAGCCUGACCCUCUGAAGGACAGAGAUGGCUUUAAUAAUUAUAUUGCAGAUUUAGUCGAGGUAUUAACAGAAAGCAUUUAUAAGGUCGUUUCCUCAGCACUGUUUAAUGAAAACAAACUUUGCUUCUCCUUCCGGCUUUGCACCUUAAUCUUGCAAAAUAAUUGUGAUGGAUCUCAAAUCCUAAAUAGUACAGAAUGUUUGCCCGAGGAAGAAUGGAACAUCUUCUUAUACUCUAGCCUACUAAUAAAUAUUGAGGAGAAAUUACCCCAGAUUAAAAAUGAAGAUUUAUAUGAACUCAGAAAAGCCGAGCAUCUUUUCUGGCUUUCUGAAUGCAGGUGGAAAGAGUGCCAGUUCAUCAGCCAUCACUUACAACCAUUUUCUCUUUUAUGUCAAUCUCUUUUAUCAAAUAAAUCACAAUGGGAUGACUUUAGGAGCUAUAAACGUACAUAUUUUCUAAUGAGCAAACCUUACACUUCUCCAAAAAAUCUUAAUCCAGAAAAUGAUUUAGAAGAACCAGAGUCUUGUGAAAUAAUCUUCCCCUGGGAGAAACUCACUUCAUUUCAAAGACUUAUAAUGAUAAAAAUCCUUAAGCCAGAAUCUUUAAAUAAUUCCGUGCAAAAAUUUGUUACUGAAAAAUUGGGAAGUAAUUAUCUUAAUACAGCUGGAAUUAAUUUAAAGGAAGUGUUUAGAGAAUCUAAUGCCAGAAUUCCACUAAUAUUCAUCCAUUCUCAUGGAUUAGAUCCCACAACUCUCCUGCUGAGAUUUGCACAGGAGAUGAAAGGAAAUACAGAUGAUGUGACCAUGAUUUCUUUGGGACGUGGCCAGGGAAGUAAAGCUGAAGAAAUAAUAUACAAGGCAAAAAUAAAGAAAGGCCAAUGGGUCUUCCUCCAGAACUGCCAUCUUGCUGCAUCUUUUAUGCCAAGACUUUGUGCAAUUGUUGAGACAUUUAAUUAUUCAAAACUAGACCCCGACUUUAGACUAUGGUUAAGCUCAAAACCGGACAGUUCCUUCCCCAUAGCGAUUCUGCAGAAGAGUUUGAAGAUGACAGUAGAAUCUCCCCAGGGUGUGAAAGCAAAUCUCCUUCAGUCAUUUGGGUACCAUGGCAGUGGAGAGAUAACAGAAGAAAUCUAUGAGAACACUGAAUGUGGACCAUCAUGGAAAAAACUUUUAUUCAGCAUCUCUUUCUUCAAUGCUGUAGUCAAUGAAAGAAGAAAGUAUGGAACAUUAGGCUGGAAUAUUCCUUAUGAAUUUAGUACUUCAGACUUGGAGGUCACCAUCAAAAUGUUAGCGAUUCUCCUGGCCGAAAAGUCAGAAAUUCCUUGGGAAGCAAUACAUUACUUGACAGGAGAAAUAAUUUAUGGAGGCCGAGUGACAGAUUGCUGGGAUAGGCUCUGCUUACUAUCUCUCCUAAAGAAUUUUUGUAAUCCUGACGUGCUGAAGAAGGACUUCAGUUUUACUGAUGAUGGGAUGUAUGCAAUGCUACCUGACUGUGCAAACCUAACUCAAUGUAGGAAGUACAUAGAAUCCCUCCCGGAUUUUGAACUGUCCGAGGUCCUUGGAAUGCACCAACAGACUUCAAGGAUUUAUCAGGAAUCCCAGGCCCAAGAGCUUAUUAACACUAUCAUUGCUAUGCAACCAAGAAUUGCUAUUGCCAACAUAAUCAUUGGGAGUGGAAAGAGCCAAGGUGAACUGGUGCUGGAACUCUCAUCUGAAAUGAUCAAGCGAUUGCCUCUGACUGUAGAGAAGGAUCCAAUGUCCAAAGACAUCUUUCCAACUACACUAUUAACCAUUAUCUCAAGUUCCAUUUGGGUUAGACUUAAUAGAAAUGUCAAAGAUUAUGAUCCCCUCCUCCAUUCUGCCUUGUUAACAUUCCUUUGUCAAGAAAUUGGUCGAUUUGAUAAAUUACUAUCCCUAAUCCACCAGUCACUGAAAGAACUCCAGGGAGCUGUCAGAGGUGAAACCACCAUCAACCAGAAACUGGAAGAGAUCUAUGAUUGUCUCAUUAAUAACAAAGUACCUGACUUAUGGCAGCGAGCUUCUUAUGAUACUGGAAAGGUGUUGUCUGACUGGAUCACCUUUCUUCUGCAACGACUGGCAUUCAUCGACAGCUGGGCAAAACUGGCCUACGACGCUAUAUAUUUUCGAUAUACCAAAAUGACUACAACUUGGAAGCAUUACUUUCCAAGUCAAACAAAAAAAUAUGAAGAGAAAGAUAAUGAAAAAGAGGCAGAUCCUGCUAACUCCUUUCCCACCCGAUUCUGGCUUCCAACUUUCUUCUUCCCACAAGGUUUCUUUACGGCUGUGCUGCAGAAUUAUGCAAGAUCCAAAAAAAUCUCUGUAAACUCUGUUAGUUUUAGUCAUCAUGUAAUCAGUGACCCCCAGAAUGAAACACUCUCUAGAAGUCUCCCAUUUAGAGAGUACAUGCUGAAGAAAGCAUUUAAGGACAUUAAACGUGACAACGUUGGAGUUAUCAUUUUUGGUUUAUAUAUGGAAGGAGCAAAAUGGAACCUAGAAGAAAAAUAUUUGGAUGACCCGCUGCCUCGAGAGAGAUAUUCUGAUUUUCCAGAAAUACAUUUUUUGCCUCAAAAGAUUUCCACUCCAAUGGGUAGUCUCAAGGACGUCUUCAUAAAACAGAAGCUUUAUGAAUGUCCAGUUUACCGGACCCCUCGGAGGACAGAAUCUGUGGCCUCUCCUAGCAUAUUUACCAACUUCAUAACGUCAGUGCUUUUGCAAACACAGAAGCCUCCCCCUCACUGGAUUACAAGACGGGUGGUAUUGCUAUGUGAACUCAAUGAAUGA